UGACUAUCGAUGUUUUCUGGGCCAGAACGGUCACACCAUCUCGGAUCCAAAACAAAAAUAUUUGGCGUUGAGUUAACUAUUUCUUGCGGAACACCUGAAGUUCAACCGGAUUCGAAAUGUCUGCCCUGCGACGCGAUGUCUCGCCCAUGUUCCAGCGCCUGCGGGCAUUCCUCUUGGGCCGUGAGCACAACCUGGCGCUGCGCUUCGAGGAUGGCCUAGCCGAUCGUACCCAGCCGCAGCCGGUCCUGCCAGAUGGACCCUCGCACCUGUUAUCGGCCAAUUACUACUGCCAGCGCGAUGGUCGUCGCGAGGUGAAUCCACCCAUCGACCUGGUGGCGCAGCAGAAGCAGCUGGAGGCGGAGGCCGGCGGAGCGGCUAAGGCCUCGCCCGCCGCCCAGCUGCCCACUCCGGGCAAGGUCUACGCCUGGGAUUGAUUCGCAGCCUUCCGGGCGUGAGUCCUCUUGUAUACAUUUCUUUUUUUUUGUUGACUUGUAAUCUGAGCCGGUUAAAGCUAAUAUAGAACCCAUUCAAAUCGAAA